UCUAGACUUGCCUGCAGGUUUUUACGAGAUCAUAAAUUUCAAAAUCAAAACUUCACAGCAUUUGGCACAGAGUAUAUUUUGUAAAAUAUACACACUGAGAAGAAAAGGAUUGGAUUAUUGAUUACGCAGCUGAGGUGCUUGUUUUUGAAGAGAAGUUUCACCCAUCCCAAGCAACGAUGCUGAACUGGUUCAAGGGAGAAGAAGAAGAAGAAGAAGAAGAAGAGUCCCUUCAGGACACAACGCUCAGUUCAAGCAAAAUGCUUCGCAUUUCAGAUGAGCUUUCUGUUGGAGAGCGUUUAGCAGUUGAUGCACGAAAGGCAGUGGCUGCUGAAGCACUAGGACAGCUACUGGGAAAAAAUGUCUCGAAAAAUGAGGUUCCAGUCGUCGCUGUGCUGGGCUCGGGAGGUGGUAUCCGAGCCAUGUUGAGUCUGCUGGGCUCAAUGGAAGGUCUUCAGGAAACUGGACUGUUAGACUGUGUGACGUACAUUUGUGGAGUGUCUGGAUCAACUUGGGCUAUGAGUCAGUUAUAUGAAGAAGUCGAUUGGUCCACAAAAUUACCCACUAAAGAUAUCUCUGAUAAACUUGUGGGAGAGGAUUUUUCUUGGGAAUACGUCAAAGAGUUGAUCUUUGAAAAAGGACAUCUUCGGAAGAGAAUGGUGAAAGCUGCCUCAAAAGAAGUUUUCUCUUUAACAGACAUCUGGGCAGCAACUGUCAGUUAUCUUAUUGGAACAGAAAAUACUUCUACACUUUCAAACCAUCAAGAAUCUGCAAACAAUGGACAAAACCCAUAUCCAGUGUAUGCUGCCAUCGAUAAGGACACCUUUGAUUCAGAAAAGGAACCCCAUCCUCCAGAAACCUGGUUUGAAUUCACUCCCCAUGAAUGUGGCUUUCCGUGUCAUGGAAUAUUUGUUGAAACGAGUGACUUUGGAAGCAAAUUUGAAAACGGGGUUAAGACAGAACAUCAUUCAGAGCCUGAUAUGUGCCUACUGCAAGGUUUGUGGGGAAGCGCAAUGGGAGAUCUCACGUACUUGUGGCACUAUUUAAAAGAAAAAGUAAAGAAUCUUGUACAUAAAUCUCACGAUGAACAUUCUGAAGACGUUUUUUAUCAAAGUGGAGGAUUUUCAUGCUCCUUUCUUCGGACAGUUUGGGAUGAUCUGAAAUUCGUAUACAAGACACAUAAAGCCCUGUCUCACUGGAAGUUUGGAACCACUUUCAAUUAUCUUUACAAGUGUCCUCUCGAAGGUAAAGAUGAGAACAUUAAUAACAUACAUAAUGUGAUAAAGAAGGAAUUUUUGUCCCUUGUGGAUGCUGGUUUGGCUAUAAACUGUGCCUACCCUCUGAUGUUACAAGAAAAACGGAAAGUGGAUGUGAUCAUUUCAUUGGACUACAGUAAUGGGGAUGUUUUUAUGACAUUGAAUCAGGCUAAAGCUUAUGCUGAUGCAUACAAUCUUCCUUUUCCCCCUGUGGACAAAAAAGGCCAAAAACCUCAGGACUGCAAUGUGUACAGCGAUGCCUCAACUCCAACAGUGAUCCACAUGCCCCUGUUCAAUGACAGCAAUAAAAAUGAGUCGACCAUAUCAGACUACGGUACUAGUAAAAUGAGAUACAGUCAAGAAGACAUUGACAGGCUCCUGAAGAUUGCCAAAGAAAACAUUACACGAAAUAAAGGCAAAAUUUUGGAAGAAAUCAGCAAGAAGAUGCAAUCGAAAGAAUGAGAUAAACCACUGUCUAUCUUAAAUAUCCAUCAUUCUCCUUCAAUUAUCAGACAGUAACACAUUUCCUCAUUUUAUUCAGAAUUGGGACCUGUCUGUUUCUAAAGUGGUGUGGUUCAGGGUGUUCAAAUAAUCAGAAACGCAAACAUUGCAUUUUGUUUUAUUUUUGUGCACUUCUGUGUAGCUCUCUGCCUUUAGUCCAUCAGUCUCACACUCUGUUUUAAACAUCCACACUUCUAGGUUUUCUCUGCAUCUUUUUUAUUCAGGUUUUUAUGACAUGGACAAUUCAUUUUCUCCAAUUAGAAAAUGAUUUGAAUGAUAUUUGAGAAUGUCAGAAACAUUUUGUGGUUUAUUACGACAACAAGACUGUCAUCAGCACCCUCAUUAAUUUUAUUUCUGAUUUGGGUUAGUGUUAGGGUUUUACUUCUCAGAGAUGACCAGGAAUGUACGACAUAUGGAUUCAUCAACAAGAUGCUUUAAAAUGUCAGUCCUGUAAAUUUCGAUGGUCAUCCGUGAUUGCAGAUUUUUUAAAUGAAAUUUUACUUCAUUGUUGUCAGCUUUUCUUUGAGAGUUCUGCUGUUGGACUCUUUUGUUUUGUUUUUGUCUUAAGAUUUCUGGUUAGUGAUUCCAUUAAGAGACGACACUUUUUAGUUAAACACUUACCCCCUGGCCAUUAGUAUUUAAUUUUCUCUGCCCCUUAGGAUGACAACUAUAGAUUACUAGCCAUGAGUGAUACUAAUUGUAUUAUUUUUGUAGAUUAUCAAUUUAGCACAAGUUUGAAGUUUGUUAAUAGGUUUUAGGCAAAGAAAGAAAAAGGCUGUAAAAUAAAUUCUAUCCGUGUGCACCUGGAGUUUAAAA